AUGGCUAAACCUUUUAGGGUACUUGUGGGGACAUUUUUCUUUUAAUUCUGGAUUUUAUUUAUGGGAUUAGCUGGAUACAUGAUCUACAGAUUAAUUGUUUAUAGAGAAACUUGGAAUGUAGUGCUUUUUAUUGUGACUAUGAUCUUACAAGUUAAUUAUGUGAAAUCAGAAUUAUUCAUAAAAUUUUAAUUAUGGUUCAAGAUGAUGGAAUGGUUUGAUAAGAGAGAAAUAGUGGAAGUUGAAAAACCUAAAAAAAGUAAUUCAAUGGUAAAAUAUAAUGAUAAUUUAGUUUUGUUUUCAUCCUCAUGGUAUAUACAGUAUGGGAAUGGUUCAUAAUUUAUAUACAAAAAAUACAUUUUUUGAAAAUUUGGUGGUUUUGAGUUCACGAUUUGCAUUAUCAAUUCCAUUUUCAGGAUUAUUAUUAACAUUGUUUGGUUUAGAAGGAGUACAUCCAGAAAAUCUAACUAAGUUGUUAAAAAAAGGAUCAAAUGUAGGAAUAAUGGUAGGUGGAUUUGAAGAAGCAACUCUUACUAAAUAUGGAGAAAAUAGAGUCUACAUAAAGGAAAGAAAAGGAUUCAUUAAGUAUGCAUUGAGAUUUGGUACUACUAUUUAUCCUGUUUUUACUUUUGGUGAAAAUAAUAUGUUUUACACAUAUAAUGGAUUUUAAUCAUUGAGACUUUGGCUUAACAAAUUUAAAUUAAUAGGAACAAUCUAUUGGAGUAGAUUUUUAACAAUACCUGUAUUAUCAUUUAUAUAUUAUCAAUAGGAACCUCAUACUGAAAUGAUAACAGUUUGCGGGAAAGGAAUAGAAUUACCAAAAAUUGAGAAUCCAUCCAAAGAAGAUAUAGAUAAAUAUCACCAAAUUUAUAUAGAAGGAUUGAAAGAGUUAUAUGAUACAUAUGCUCCAAAAUACGCACCAAAAGUACCUUUAUAGAUAUUUUGA